AUGUACAUUUGCAAUAAAUGAAACUAUCCAAUUUAUUUAUGUUAUCCAUAAGGAUCUAGCAAAUUUCUCGAAAGAUAUUAUAGGAUAUUGGCAAUAUUGAAUUUAGAACUUUUUACACACUCAUAUAUCUAUAUAAGCUUCAUUCUUAAUCAAGAACAUAGAGUUUAGUAAUUACUCUCAAUGGGGCAUUUCAUAUCACUUGUUAUACUUCUCUCAAUAUUUUCUUCUUUAUUAGCAUCUACUGCACAUUCUCUUACAGAACAAAACUCUGAAUCUAAUGGCUUCACCGCCGAUCUCAUUCACAGAGACUCCGUAAUUUCUCCUUUCUACAGCUCCGAAUCGAGUUAUCGGGAUCGUAUUGCCAAAGCCUUGCAGCGCUCUAAAGCACGUGCUGAUUAUUUUGCUAAUUUAAGCUCAUUUGCAUUGGGGAGUAGUCCCUCAGCAGAUAUGAUAGCUACAAACGGGAAUUAUCUGAUGAAAAUUAGCCUCGGGUUACCCCCCGUUGAGUUACACUUAAGUUUCGACACGGGGAGUGUUCUUAUGUGGACGCAAUGCGCACCGUGCAAGAAUUGUUUCCCGCAGAAUAUGCCGCUCUUUACUCCAAAGCUGUCUUCGACUUACAAAACGGUCGCUGCUAAUUCGAAAACGUGCAUGUCCGUCUUAGGGGCAUAUUCUCGUGCAAGGGACAAUACUUGCAGGUACUCGGUGGAGUAUUUGGACAAUUCCUACACUCGAGGAAUCCUCUCUUCGGACACACUCACGUUAAAUUCUACUCUAGGUUCGCCAAUGUCGCUUCGAAACUUCAUUUUCGGAUGCGGGUACAAUAAUCGAGGCAUAUUCGAGAGACAAACGUGUGGAAUAAUCGGGCUCGGAAUAGCGCAAGGCUCGUUCAUCACGCAAAUGGGGCCCGCAGUUGGCGGGAAAUUCUCGUACUGCUUGAUCUCUCAUGACCUUGAACUCAACACCUCGAAAUCCAGCAAGAUCCACUUCGGAAAAAGAGCCGCGGUUUCCGGACCCGGCACGGUUUCGACACCUUUAUAUUUCUACAAACACGUGUACUUCGCGAGUCUCAAAGGAAUAAGCGUCGGGAAAAGGAAGUUGGGUUCGUUCGACGGAAAAAUAGUGGUCGAUUCGGGAGCCACAUUGACUUAUCUCCACAAGAAAUUGUACUACUCUUUAGAGGCUGCAAUUAAAAAGGUGAUUAAAUUGAAAGUUGCUGAACCAGUAGAUGAACUGCAGAAGGUGUGUUAUGAGUUUCCUUCUAAUGGGAGAGUGAAGGGCAUUCCUGUAAUUACAUUCCAUUUUGGUGGUGCAGAUGUAAAGUUGUCUCCUUUGAACACUUUUGUUAGGGUUGAUGACAAUGUUCAUUGUCUAGGUAUAGUGCCAAGUAAUGACGUGGCAAUCUUUGGUAAUUUGGUGCAGGUUAAUUUCUUGGUGGGGUAUGAUAUUAGGAAAAUGGCUAUUUCAUUUAAACCAACUGAUUGCAGCAAACAGUAGUUUGUUAUAAUCUGUUAAUUCCCCUGCUUUGUUCAACAAUAAUGCCUUAAUAAAUUCUCUUUCGUGGUGAUAUAAUUUGAAUUUAUUAAAAGUUUACGUUUAUUUCGCACUAAUAUAUCCUUCGGUGUUGAUGAAAUUGCCUAAACCGACGUGAUUUUUUAGCCAGAGAAUGUGAAAUCAGUUGAGCUUGAAAUGAUCAAGUAUAACUGAUUCAAGAAUCCCCCGUUAAACGAUCAAAUGACGUUAGAACUCAAUUCUUGGUUCGAUAAGAAAAUUUAACUCUGAUGAUUUAAGCUCAAUAGUUUUUUUUCAUUUUCUAACCCGAUUC